AAACAGUAUUACCAAUUCAACCACACAAAACAUGCUUGGAUUGGCAAGAAACUUGUUUUCCUCAUUCAGGACAAUUCAUGCUCCUACACCAAGCUCCCUUUUAAAUACACAAAACUUUGGAGUAUUCAAGAGAUAUACCCAUGAGUAUGCACCAAGACUUAAUAGAAUCGGAAAAGCCAUGAAGGGAAGAGUUCCAGUUAGAACUGGAGGAUCUACUAAAGGUAAUUCUGUUGAAUCUGGAAAACUAGGAUUAAGAUUGAAAUCUCAAGGUUUAAGAAUAUCUGCCAACCAACUUAAAGCUGCUGAUAAAGUAUUGAGGAGAGAGUUGAGACCAACCAAGUCAUUAUUGAUAACUAGAUUUGCUUGUAAUAUUGCCGUGUGUGUAAAAGGUAAUCAAACUAGAAUGGGUAAAGGUAAGGGUGGUUUCCAUCAUUGGGCUGCCAGAUUCCCAACCGGUAAAGUCUUGUUUGAAAUCAAGGGCGAUAUCCAUGAUAGAACUGCUAGAGAAGCCUUGAGAAAAGCAGCUGAUAAAUUGCCUGGUCUUUAUGAAAUUAUCACACCUGAAUCUAAAGUUAGAGUUGGUCUUAAAAGUCUUGUUGAUAAACCAGAACCAGUCAAUUAUGUUGCUCAAAUGAAUGCCACACCAAGCAAGAAAUGGGCCAAUAUCCAAGCACAUAAGACUAAUCCAGUGUAUAAGUUAUUCCGUGGUAGAUAAUUUUGUGUAGAUAAUUUUGUAUAGAUAAAUAUCUUGUAAAUAUAGUACUCAACCUAC